AUGGAAAGACGAAACAGAUUACAGCAAAAUCACAUUUUCCAAAUCUCUAACCAGUUUCUUCUAAGUUCCCCAGUUCCACAACACGUCCUUAGUUCCUCGCAAACGCUCAGAGAUUCCAUAUUUGACCAAACACAUUCGGAUUUCAAUAAUUUAAAUUCCAAUUUACUCUCGUCUUCUCAGGCUUUCUUGAACGUUUCUCACGUCGUUCAAAGUCAAUCAACAAGACAAGAUCUAAGAGGCGAAGAUACAUCCAAUGUUCAGUCUAUUGCACAUCGAAAUUCCGCUUUCUUGCCACCAGUAUUUGGCAGUACUACUGGUCACGUACAAAAAAGUUUUGCUAAUAUUAUGCCACAAAUUUUACGACCGGUUGCUUUGCCUGCUUACGAUUCACCAACACCCUUAUUUCCGCAGCUAACCACAAAUACCACCAAUUCUAAUGAAAAGAUUCAACUAGCUACAUCAUCUUCAGAAAGAUCGAACAUUAAUGAUAUGCAAAAUGAAUCGGUUAAACCAAUUGUUCUUGGAAAACUUGAAAAAGAAAAGAAAGUACAUCUUCUUAAAUGGGGGUUAAAACUUGUUGAUGUACCAGGAUAUAUUCCUAACAGCAACUCAUGGUUUGUAGUAAAUGGUAUUUGCACGAUUGCAUCAGGAGAUCAAAUUCGUUGGCAUAGCUCACCAAUACGUGACAGAAUAACACCGAAUGAAAUUCUAACUGUAUCAGGCAAAAUAUAUUAUCUGGAUGGAGAUUUGAAUGUGGAAGCCAUGAAAGAAGAUGGAUAUUCGGAAAGUUUUUGCGAGGAAUUCCUUCAUGGCUUUCCAGAUAAUUGGAAAGAGUUGUUGGUGGGUGCGCUCCCAGAAAUUGAAAAAUUUUACGAAAAUACGGCUGUUGAGACGAUGGAGGCUGAUGAAGUUGAUGGAAAGGAUGAAGGAGAAGAACCAGGCCAUUCGACGCCGCCUACAACCCAGGCGGCUGCCUCUCUUGCCGCCCAUUCAGGCGAAAUUUGCCUGACUAGAUCCGGCAGGAAGGUAAAACCUCCUGGGGCAUGGUGGGCAGUCAACGGAUGCGACGUGAUUCACGAGUCAAAGAAGAAAAGGACUCGUAAAACGCCUCGAAAAAAGGAAUCAGGUUAG